AUGAGACUUCAGACUUACCAGUUAAUUGGACUAUUUGCGGCAACUGCAGCCGGCAGCUGUCCCUAUGCUCCGGACCCGUCUACGGGCGUAUGCGGUGAAUGUCCGGAUGUGCGCGAUUCGCAAUGUGUGGUAAAUGGGAACUGGUAUAGUUGCUUCCAGGAUCUCGAGACCUGUUGUGACGACUGGUCCAUCCAGGGAUCCCUGGGCACGGAGCACUGCCUCGCCGCCUCCGGUGGCGCCAAAGUCAACUGCGACGACGUGGUAGCGCUCGAUGCUUCGCUCUCGAAUACUGACUGUCAAACGCAGUGCCAAAGCAUCCAAGGCGGCGGCGCCGACCCCAAGAACGACGCUUCCUUUGCCUCACGCUGUGGCGUAGAGACGCUCGAAGUCGCCAACGGGCAUACCACCAGCAGCGGCACUUGCUUCAACAACUGGAUUUACGGAUACUCCGAGCCCGAUAAUCUUGCCGGCUACGCCUUCCAGGACGACGUCAUUUCCGCCGCGCACUGCCAAAGCAUCUGCCAGGAAGAUGCCGAUUGCGUCCGCUUCUCAUACACCUCAACCAGCUUCGGACAAAGCAGCAGCUACGACCGGGUCGGCCGCUGCAUUCUCAAGAACGCCGACCAACGAUCAACGAGACUCCUGCGACCCCCACUCGGACGUCACAACUACCACGCCCAAGCCGACUACAACCACGCCCAAGCCGACCACAACCACGACUAA